AUGGUGGAAGGGAUCAUUGAAAUCAUGAAGAAGAAGUGGACGCCUCUGUGGCAACAGCCAUGGCCAGCCCCAACCCCUGCCCUGCAGGAGGGAAAGAGGGAGUUAGUGGCAGAAGAGGGGAAGGAAGGAAAGAGGGAGGAAGUGGGAGAAGAAAGGAGGGAAGGAGAGAGGGAGGGAGUGGCAGAAGAGGGGAAGGAGGGAAAGAUAGAGGAAGUGGCAGAAGAAACGAGGGAGGGAGAGUGGAAGGUAGUGGCAGAAGAAAAGAGGGAGAGAGAGAGGGAGGGAGUGGCAGAAGAAGGGAAGGAGGCAGAAAUGGUGGAAGGAAUCGUUGAAAUCAUGAAAAAGAGGUGGAAGGAAAGAAGGAAGUGGUUCGAAGAAAGGACAAACGAAGAGAGGGAGGGAGUGGCAGAAGAAGGAUGGGAGGCAGAAAUGGUGGAAGGGGCAGAAGAAAGGAGGGAGGCAGAAAUGGUGGAAGGGGCAGAAGAAAGGAGGGAGGCAGAAAUGGUAGAAGGGAUCAUUGAAAUCAUGAAGAAGAGGUGGUAG